UCCUAAAGAAGUGUGAGUGAGUCUGGAUUUAAUGUUACAGCCUGGCGACAUGGCGACUGUCAUUCACAACCCACUGAAAGCGCUUGGUGAUCAGUUUUAUAAAGAAGCCAUCGAGCAGUGCCGUAGCUACAACGCCCGUCUGUGUGCCGAGCGCAGUGUGCGUAUGCCGUUUCUGGAUUCUCAGACCGGUGUGGCUCAGAACAACUGUUACAUCUGGAUGGAGAAGCGCCACAGGGGACAAGGAUCGGCGUCGGGUCAGAUGUACACGUACCCCGCUCGCUGCUGGAGGAAGAAGAGGCGACUGCAUCCACCCAUCGACCCACAGCUCAGACUUUGUGAACUCCGGCUCGAAGCUGAAAUGAUGCCCAAAAGAGAAGCGCCCUCCAACGAGGCCACGGCUUUAGAGGCUCUGCUGAGGGGAGACGGUAUUUUGGACAAGAAGAGCAACAGCUCCAAGGAGGAGGAGACGCUGCUGGAGAUUCAGAGGGUGCUCGAGGCUGAGGAAAACGGGGAUGGACUCCAUGAAGACGAGGACUUUGAGGUGGACACACCGAAGAGAAAGCAGAGAAGCAAAGGCAAGGGACGAGGUUCGGCCAGAAAGAAGAAUGAGGCAGUGACCAGCGAUGAUCAGGACAAACCUUACGUGUGUGACAACAGAAACAAACAAAAGCAUAACACAAAAAGUGGUGACUCAGUUUGUGGUAAGCGCUAUAAGAACCGGCCUGGUCUGAGCUACCACUACACCCACACACACCUGGCUGAGGAGGAGGGGGAGGAAGAACGAGAACCUGAGUUCCCUCCGUCUCCACCACCACAUAAAACCACAAACCAUAAACCACAAAAGGGACCCGAUGGAGUGAUCAUCCCUAACGACUACUGUGAUUUCUGUCUGGGAGACUCUGGCUCUAACAAAAAGACCGGUCAGGCUGAGGAGCUGGUGUCCUGUUCAGACUGUGGACGCUCUGGUCACCCUACCUGCCUUCAGUUCACAGAUAACAUGAUGCGGGCUGUGAGGACGUACCAGUGGCAGUGUAUCGAAUGCAAAUCCUGCAGUCUGUGUGGAACCUCGGAGAACGACGAUCAGCUCUUGUUUUGUGACGACUGUGAUCGAGGCUACCACAUGUACUGCCUCAAGCCUCCCAUGACCCAGCCGCCCGAGGGGAGCUGGAGCUGCCACCUCUGUCUGGAUCUACUUAAGGACAAAGCAUCUGCUACUGGAGAACCAUAGAGGUCAUAAAGAAAUGUAUUCCUUCCACAUCCAUAAUGGAUGCAUGUAUUAAUCCUCCAGAGGAGAGGCUCUGAGCUGAAGUGGAACAGUGGGCGUCUUUUGUUUAUCCUGCACAUACAGGACAAUAAAAACACACAGCUGGACGCUACAGUCACGACUCUACCUCAUUACAACAGACUAAGAUACAGCACAUUUACCUGCUUAUUUACCUGAAUCAGUAUGUGGCAGUAGGUUGAGCAAUAAUGGAACUUUUGCUUGUACUGUUUGUAAUGUUAGUAUAAAAAAGGAAUACCAGAGCAAAAACCUACAGUAGUUAUAAUUCAUUCGGCUAUUUAAAAAAACAAGUAAAUUUGUUAAACUGCUAAAACUUGGUCUCGACUGGAAAUGUGUUGGGGGUUUUUGUACCACAGACGAUCAUUAGAAAUCAUGACAUUUAUAAUGUAGUAUGUAGACGUUAUGCUUUUGUUUGGAACUAAGUGCUCGCCUGAUUUCUUAUUUCUUCCCUCCUGAUAUAUUAGCGCCUCUAUUUCUGUCUGAGUUCUCUCAUCUGUCGUCUUUACUUCCUCCUCUGUAUGUAUAACGCAUUAGAGCUUCUAUUUUCCGAGCCGAUUUAUCAGGACGGUUUCUCACAUGUGCUGAAUAUUUCAUGGUGCUGUUUAGGGCCGCCGACAUCCUGACAGACCGAGAGGGUCAUUAGAGCAGAGACGCCAGGGCGCCACCCAAAAAGCUCUUACACUAAAAUAAAGAGAUAGAACUAGACCUUUUUUUGGAGUACAUGCUAAAUUUCAGUAAUGUAAUGAAAAUAAAAUGAUCUUUUAUUAUUUUGAGAAUAAAUAAAAA